GGCUCAUCACAUUGUAUGCGUGUAUGUCGAAGUGAGUGAUAUGUGAGGCAGAGCUCAAGUCGGUUUUAUCCUUAGAGGCUAUAAAAAUGGUUGAUCUUGCCAAGCAAGCAUUCAGCACAAACAAUUUUGAACUAGCUGCCGACGUAUACGAGAGAACCAUAAGAGAAAAUGGCCCGUCAUCUGAGCUUUACUUUGGAUUAGCGGAUAGUUUUGCUAGAAGUGGACAUUUUGAAAGAGCUUUUGAAUCUUAUUGCAGCGCUUUUCGUUUGACAAAUUCCGUACGACCAGGGCUAUUAAAACAUUUGGUGACGGCCCUUGUGGACACUGUAAAACAAGACUCUGUUGUUGAAGACGCCAUGAUGAACAAAAACUGUAUUUUCACCUGUGUGUUGUGUCGAGGAUUACUUAACGACCCUGUGACGAUUCCGUGUGGACACACGUUCUGUCGGAAAUGUUUGGAAAGAGAACAGUCAAGACCAUGCAAAAAGUGUGGGACAGUAAAUCACUUAAACGUUUCGUCUAUCAAGACAAAUGUUCUUUUAAAGCAGGCAGUUGAAGUGUGGUUUCCGUCAGAAUGUAGAGCACUCCAAUUGAAAGCGGAUGGGAACGUUUACUUUGAGAAAAGGGACUUCGAGAAAGCAAUAUGUCUUUAUAAUGAGGCAAUUUCAUUAGCACCAAAUGAUCAUCUUUUGUUGAGCAACCGAUCACAUGCUUUUGUGUCCUUGGACAAAAAUGAGGAAGCUUUAAGAGAUGGUGAACAUGUCAUCAGGCUUAGACCUGACUGGCCCAAGGGCUAUUUCCGGAAAGGAUGUGCUCUGUAUGGCCUGGGUCGUUAUGGAGAUGCAGUCGUUGUCUUACUUCAGUGUCUAGCCAUGGAUCCUUCAGUCAACCUAGCUAAAACCUACUUAUCUAAAGCACUCCACAAAAUUUUCUCACCUUUGCCUUCAAAUGACCCCAAAACAGGAGUCCUCUCAAGCCCGCUCAGUCCAGCCAAGCUCCAACAGCUGAUCAAAUCCAACUUCAGUUCUGCCUUUCUCCAGCCCAAUAUGGCUAUGGAUACCAUAAAGACAUUAAAAAACAUUAUAACAGAAACUGUUACCACAGCAACAUCAUUUGCCGUUACCAACCAGGAACACAUGCCUCUCUUUGAAAAGCCCGACCUGUAUGAGGCGAUUCCAAAUUCUUCAGCAAGCUCUUCAGGAUGCUGUCAGGAUGAGGCUGAGAAAUCUUUUUAUUCCGUAUCUGCCCCAAACUCCAGACGUGGGUCGCCUCUCCUUGAACCGAGACGGUCGAGAUCGCAGUCACCACCCUGUCAAGGUCAAAAACGUACCAGGAAUAUAAGUGGUGCCUCCCCAUCCAGUCCACUACACGAUUUACCUUUUAAACUACACAAAAACGACCCCAAACUGCCGAUGGAUGCUGUUGCGAUCAGACCUGAACUUCUGAACAAGGAAGACUUUGAAUGUAGUUUAUGUUACCGUCUCCUCUACGAACCCGUCACUACACCAUGUGGUCAUGCCUUCUGUCGUCAUUGCCUUGACCGAUGUCUUGACCAUCACACCCAGUGUCCACUCUGCAAAAGCUCUCUUGUUGAGUACUUAGCGGAGAGAAGGCAAACAAUUACAGAAAAUAUUGCUGGGAUUGUGGAAACUUAUUUUGGAGAAGAAUUGGAAAUACGCAAAAAAAUACAUGAGGAUGAGAUGGAAGAGUUGUCCAGAAUGGUGACGGACCAACAUGAGAUUCCUGUGUUUGUUUGUACUCUGGCUUUCCCGGGGAUCCCAUGCCCACUCCACAUCUUUGAACCACGUUACAGACUUAUGGUACGACAAUGUAUGGAGUCUGGCACAAGGCAGUUCGGCAUGUGCACAGGCAACGGGGAUUCUGAGGGAGAAUUUUCUGAAUUUGGGUGUAUGCUUGAGAUUCGAGAUGUGCAAUUCUUCUCUGAUGGACGUUCUUUAGUGGACACAAUAGGAGGAAAGCGAUUCAAGGUCAUCAGCAGAGGCCACAGGGAUGGCUAUAAUACUGCUAAGGUUGAGUUCCUAACAGAUCAGUCACUCUCGGAGGAAAGCCAUCAGCGUGUAAGUGCCCUUCAGACAGAAGUGUAUUGGUUAGUGAAGUCCUGGCUGGACAAUCUGGCCGGUAUGCAGCGUGAACAGAUUCUCCGACACCUGGGACAGCUGCCAGGCCUAGAACAAGAUUUCCAGAACAAUCCCAAUGGCAGCUCGUGGCUGUGGUGGACGCUGUCCGUGCUGCCACUAGAUACGCGCAUACAGAUGACCAUGCUGGCCAUGCGGUCGUAUGAGGAGCGACUAAAUGGCAUCAAACGAAUUCUGAUGUACAUGAGAAGGCAGCGGUGACUACGGCUGUCUAGGGUUAUGCCUUUCCUCAAUAACAAUAAACUCUUGAUUUUAAGUUUAUUAAUAUUGGCCAUUGUGUUACAACACUGGUUCAGCAGUGAGGAAAAGUAGCACAAGUCAUAGACUACAGUAGUGGCAGUGACCAGCGGUCAGACAAAUCAUGGACUAGAAACUAGUGACAGUGAGGUGGACCUGGUCAGAUCAUGUCGACUACAGAAUUGUGACAGUGAAAUUGUCUCUUGUCAGAUCUUGUCCACUACAAACUUUGGCUGGGAGGUGGUCCUAGUUGAGUUAUACUUGUUAUUCUGUGAUAAAUAUUUGCUAGGAUUUUCGCACGUUUUGUUCAUUAACUAGUAGUUACUUAUUUAUUCAAUAUUAUAUACCGGGUUUUCAUUUGUAUUACAUAUUUAAUUAAAGUUGAGCUGUUAAGAGUCAGUAGUAAGAAUCAUUUCAUCAAUAUUUGAUAAGUUGAAAUUUUGCAUCAUAAUAACUAAUUUGAUAAGUUGAACUUUUACAUCAUAUGAACUACUCUGGAAAGUUGAACUUCUAUCUAUUUUCUAAUACUUUAUACCUGAUUACAGACAAACAGUUGUAGUUUAAACAUUUAUAAAUGACAACUCGGUGCUGGUGUAAAUCUUGCCAAUGGAAACUUACACUGUGUGACCUGACAGUAAAGCUAGUUGAUGAAUAUUGUUAUUCAGGAUCAUUUCAAGAACUGUACUAUGUAAAUAAAGUAUUUUUAUCUCAG